ACCCAGUUUGUGUGUCUGGCUGGUAGGUGCGGGCUGGCUAACCGGCUAGCUGUCUGAGCCGUGAUUGCCUCUUUCUUGGGGCUAAACAUAAAGGUACGGGCGUGCCACGCCGUUAACCCCGGCUCAUUUGAUAGUCGUAAUGCCAGUCCACUCACGGGAGAAGAAAGAAAGUAACCACGAAGAAAUGGAGGUGGAUUUUCCCGAGCAAGACGGCAGCAGCACAGACGAGGAGGACACCGUUAGCUCGUCCGUGUCUGAAGAUGGAGACAGCUCGGAGAUGGAUGAUGAGGACUGCGAGAGGAGGAGGAUGGAGUGCCUGGAUGAGAUGACAACACUCGAGAAACAAUUCACUGACUUGAAGGAGCAGUUGUAUAAGGAGCGUCUCAGCCAGGUGGACAUUAAACUGCAGGAGGUGAUGGCUGGCUGUGCCCAAGAGUACCUGGAACCCUUGGCCAACCUACAGGAAAACAUGCAGAUCAGGACCAAAGUGGCUGGGAUCUACAGGGAGCUGUGUCUUGAGUCCGUGAAGAACAAAUAUGAGUGUGAAAUCCAAGCUGCAUGCCAACAUUGGGAAAGUGAGAAGUUGCUGCUAUUUGACACUGUGCAGAGUGAGCUGGAGGAGAAGAUAAGAAGACUGGAGGAAGACAGACACAGUAUUGACAUUACCUCAGAGUUGUGGAAUGAUGGAUUGCACGCACGGAAAAACAAGAAAAAAGACCCGUUCUGUCCUGUGAAGAAGAAGAAGCCUGUUGUUGUUUCUGGGCCUUAUAUCGUUUACAUGCUGCAAGAUCUGGAUAUUCUUGAAGACUGGACUGCAAUAAGAAAGGCGAUGGCAUCUCUGGGACCACACCGGGUCAAGGUGGAUGUCCCAGCUGUGAAGCCUGACAGACAUCACCAUGUGGCUCGCUCUGAGGAUGGGCGACUUUUCUAUGACAACCAGUGGUACUGCAGGGGACAGGCCAUCUGUAUCAACAGGAAGGAUGAGUUUCCGACUAGUGCCAUCAUCACCACCAUCAACAACGAUGAGGUGUGGUUCAAGCGGCUGGAUGGUACCAAAUCAAAGCUUUACAUCUCCCAGCUGCAGAAAGGCAAAUACACUAUCAAACACUCAUAAAGAAAGGAAAGAAGACAAAAUCACACACACCCACAUACAUCUCUGCUGUGUUUCUUCUUGUCUCUUUUUCCAUGUGGUUUCUCUAACAUACAGUCAAAAAGCAGACGAAUAUCACCUGAACCUUGGUGUGUGAGGCGACU